AUGGGGAAGGACGCCCCCGCGCCUCGCAAUGGCGUUUCCAAGUCUCCGGUGAAAGGCAGCGGCUCGCCUGCGGCCACAGCAGCUGCAGCACAGCUGGCUGCAGAGAAGGGGCUGCCGACACAGAACUCAGUUGUUCCUGUGGCCGUCGCUGCCAACCUGGGCUUAGGCCUUAGACCCCGGCCUAAUGCUCGACCGGCAGCGGCACCAGCCACAUCCACAGGCCCGCCACCAGCAAAGGCGAUCGGAGCUGGCACCGUAACACGGCCGAAGGCUCCGGCAAAAGCGCCACCCUUGAGGCCUGAUACCCAUCCAGCAGCGAAAGCACCAGGUACUGCGGCCAACCGCUCCAGUGCAAGUCCCACUGGAGGUAGCGAGCCACGGGGCAGCCCUGCCGGCCAAAGUCCAGCCAAAGCUGCAGGCACCGCUCCACCGACUCCAGCACAACCGGCCUCACAAGGGGUCCAGCCUGGGCAGAAAGGUGCUCCACCACCUGCUGGGAUGCUGGCCAUUUUGGGAGGCAUGUCAGACUUUUUAUCGUCUGUUUCAAACCAAGCGGCUGGUGGCUACUCAGAGGAACAACGCAGAGGUUGCAUUGCCUGUGCUCUUAGAUUGGGGAAGCCUGAGCUGGUCAACGUCUUGGCGAGGCUCCACAGUUUGGCAGCCAGUUGCUGGUCGCAUAGCUCUUCAGACUCGUCGGCUGUGAAGGCCCUGGCUGUGCUCCUUGGUGUUUCUUUGGCUGCCAACAAGGAUUCCCUAGAGGAGGCCAUUGCGUGGCGCCUUGCUAGGCCGCAAGAUGUUUGUAGGCCACAAGACGCUUGGAGGCGAGAUCAUCGUCUUACAGCGCUAGCCCUGCUGCUAAAAGCGCCGCCCAAGGCGGAUUCCGAGGCAGAGCUGGUUGCGAAAGUCUUGAAAAGCGUGGUGUCGAUGGCCACUGCGGCGCUGUGCACCCUACUUUCUGCAUCUGCAGGAACAACCCUGGAUGAUGCCAAGCAGGGCGCAGUUUUGAAGCUUGCUGAACAAGUGGCCUCAGGUUCUGUCGGCAAGGUGCCCCUGGAAACGUUUGGAUACUCUUGA